AUGGCCGCAACGCUCCUGGCCGAGAUUCAGGCGCUGGGCGCGCGCGACAAGGCGUUCUGCCGGCGAGGGGGCUAUCUUAGUGUGGAACAGCUCCUCUCUGAGCCGCCUCUCGAGCUCGCCAAGCGUCUCGGCGUGUCGGACGAGCAUGCGCGGCACAUACGAGGCACGGUACAGCGUGCCGCCGCGCCGGCGCCAGUGUGCGUGUACGACCUGGUCGAAGGAGGAAGCGGCGCACUGGUGCCUGGCACGCCCCGUGAGGACGAAAUUGAGGCGUUUGGAGAGGAGGAGGCUGCGCCGUACGUGUCGUUCCUGCCGUCUGGCAGCAGCGUCCUCGACGCGUGUCUCGGCGGGGGCUACGCGCGCGGCAUGAUCUCGGAACUGAUCGGCGAGAGCUCCUCUGGAAAGACGCAGCUGUUGCUGCACACGGCCGUGUACAACGCCCUGGCCCUCGGCACGCCAGCGUCGGUCGUCCGUGGGGGCGAAGGCGAAGGUGUCGCGCUGAUUAGCACGCAAGGCCGCAGCGCCGCGCGGCAUAUGGUGCACCGCAUGGUGCAGAUGGCGCAUGAAAUGCUGCACGAGGGAUACGUGCAGCUGGAUAUACCCCCUGAUACCCUCCCUGCGCUCGUCGAGCAAGGCGUGAGCAUUAUGCUCCGCAACGUCUCGAUUGCGUGUGCGUUUACGUUUGAGUCUGCGCAGCACGUCCUGUGCUAUACCCUCCCCGGCCUCGUGGCGCGCCGGCGCGCGCAAGGCGUCGCAUGCAUCCAGCUCGUGGUGGUCGACAGCAUCCCCCCCUUGCUGCAAGAAGACUCGCUCGAGGCUGACCCGAUGCCCGGCGGCUCGGCGGCGCAUUCCAUACGCGCUGCGCGCUUGCACGCGUUAUCGGAAUGGCUCAAGCGCCUUGCGGCUGCUCCUCGCGCGUGCGAGGCGAUCGCGGUGCUGGUCGCGAACCAUGUCAGCGACGCGUUUGACCACGACAAGGCCAUGGUCCGCCAUGCCUACGCGCAAGGCGAGCUGCCGCGCUGGAACGCGCCCUCCCGGCGCAUCGUCGACCCAGCACACCUGCUUCCCCUGCCGUACGCGGCACAGGCCGCGCACUUUUCCGGCCUCUUGGCCAGUGUCCCUCACGACGGCGCGCUCCCCCAAGACGCCGAUCUUAAGACUGCGCAGCUGGGCCUCGUAUGGGCGAACUGCGUCAAUGCACGCUACCUUGUGGCGCACGCGGCGGACGACGCGCGUCGUUUUGCCGUCGUCUUUUCGCCGACGGCCCCCUCCGGCGAGGUGCGCUUUACCAUCACCCCGCGCGGGCUCUAUACCUACGCGUCAUAG